AUGACGCAGGUUCCAUCGUUUCUAAAUAAAUUUAACUUCAUUCUUUACUUGAAAAUCUAUUCAUUGAGCACAGCCAUGCCAUCAACAGAUGCAGACAUUAUCGCCUUGUUGAACAAUGCUUCAGCGCAAAUCAAUCGUUACUUUGCCAUUUUCAUCUUUCUCUUCGGAGUUAUCGGCAAUACUUUCAACAUUCUCGUACUCGCGCAAAAACCGCUGCGGUCAAAUCCAUGUACAUGGCUUUUUCUCAUGUCAUCGAUUGCUUUUCUAGUUAGCACUCUUGCCGGUACCAUCUCACGAUUUUUGUCCACAUGGGGAGCUGAUCUAACUAAUACCAAUCAGUUUCUGUGCAAACUGCGCAUCUUUCUUGUUUUUGGCUCAAUGACAGCUGGAUUUUGGCUUAUCAUGCUUGCCACAGUUGACCGGUGGCUUUCAUCAAGUAUCAACACCAAUCGACGACGAUUGAGUACAUUGAAGAGAGCACAACGUGGUGCAAUUCUUGUUCUCAUACUCUCAUCACUUUUGCAAAUACAACAACUGUUUUGUUUCGAAGCAAAUCUCACUAAUACACCAUUAAAAUGCUACACAAAAACAGUGAUGUGUGGCAUCAUAUCAGAUUUAUGUUUUGCUUUGAUCACCAUUGCAUGUCCGUUAUUUCUGAUGCUUAUAUUUGGAUUGAUGAUCAUAUCGAACCUGCGUCAAUCGCGAGCUCGUUUACAACCGACAUCUGUGACAGUGGAUAGCUGUGUAAUGCAAAAUAUAACAAUGACUGGCAGCGACAGCCAAAGUCAACAAAAACGAAUGGAUCGUCAUUUAUUGAUCAUGCUCUUUGUUCAAGUCAUAGUUCUUCUUAUAUUCACUAUGCCAAUGGCUGUUUCGAAACUUUAUACAACGAUAACCAGAAGCAAUGUAAAGUCAGCAUUACAAAAUACUAUCGAAAGCUUCGUUUUCAACUUGUUUCUGCUCUUUCUUUACAUUGCUUCGGGAAUGCCAUUUUAUAUCUAUACGCUAACUGGAGGACAAGUAUUUCGGCGAACAUUACUCAAUUUGCUGGAAGCAUUUAUUCGAAAACUGAUGUGUCAACGCAAUUAA